AUGGGUGAGUGGGACUUCCUAGGAAGACUGCUGGAUAGAGUCCAGACACACUCAACGGUGGUGGGGAAAAUCUGGCUCACCGUCCUGUUUGUGUUUAGGAUUCUAGUCCUCGGUGCUGGUGCAGAGAGAGUGUGGGGCGACGAGCAGUCCGACUUCAUCUGCAACACCGAGCAGCCGGGGUGCGAAAAUGUGUGCUACGACCAUGCGUUCCCCAUCUCGCAUAUCCGCUUCUGGGUACUGCAGAUCAUCUCUGUGUCCACACCUACUCUGGCCUACCUGGGCCACGUCGUCCACGUCAUACACGUCGAGAAGAAAGUGAGAAAAAUGAUGAAGAAAGAGCUUCAGAAUGAGAAAAUCAGUCUGUUCCUCAAGAAAGGCUACAAAUUUCCCAAGUACAGCAGGGACAAUGGGAAGGUCAACAUUCGGGGGCGUCUCUUGAGAAGCUACAUUCUGAGCUUGCUAUGUAAGAUACUUCUGGAGGUGGGUUUCAUCUUGGGCCAGUACUAUCUUUAUGGCUUCACCCUUCAGGCCCAGUAUGUCUGUGCCCGUUUUCCGUGUCCUCACAAGGUGGACUGCUUCUUAUCGAGGCCCACUGAGAAAAGCAUCUUCAUUUGGUUCAUGCUGGUGGUGGCCUGUGUCUCUUUAUUCCUGAAUGUGAUUGAGAUCCUAUAUCUGUGCGUCAAGAAGAUCAACGAGUGUCUCAGCCGUAGAAAGGACUACACCAUCACCCCCGUGACCCCGGUUGUGAACAGGAAGGAAAUCAAAAGUACAGAUCAGAUCCAGAACUGGGUGAACUGUGAGCUUCAGAGGAGGGACCUUGGCAAUGAGGCAACCAAGAGCGUGGUUUCAGAGGACCAUAGUGCUGACAUGCAAGAGGUCCAUAUCUGAUCAGCAGGCUUCCGCACACAAAGUCUUUCACACGGUCAACGUGAGCAAACAUCCACUGAUCCAACUAACUCGUGCAUGGUCAAGACCCCCCAACUCCAAGCACACUAUGACCCUCUCUCUCUGUUUAACAAAUCAAUAAUGUAUUGCUGAAAUUUCUGUUUUUGUUUUUCUGUCAUUUUGGUCUGAAAUGGUACUUUGUAGAAAGGUUAAAUAAACUG